CAAGGCCGGGGAGAGACGGGGAGGAGGAGGAGGCAAGAUGGCGGCCGUUGUGGAGAAUGUGGUGAAGCUGCUCGGCGAGCAGUACUAUAAGGACGCCAUGGAGCAAUGCCACAACUACAACGCCCGCCUGUGCGCCGAGCGGAGUGUCCGCCUGCCCUUUCUGGACUCGCAGACUGGCGUCGCCCAGAGCAACUGCUACAUCUGGAUGGAGAAGAGGCACCGUGGCCCCGGCCUGGCUUCUGGGCAGCUCUACUCCUACCCGGCGCGGCGCUGGAGGAAAAAGCGGCGGGCCCACCCCCCAGAGGACCCCCGGCUCUCCUUCCCAGCCAUCAAACCCGACACGGACCAGACCCUGAAGAAGGAGGGGCUGAUCUCUCAGGACGGCAGCAGCCUGGAGGCCUUGUUGCGCACCGACCCCCUGGAGAAGCGGGGGGUCCCCGAUCCCCGGGGGGCGGACGACGACAGCCUCGGCGAGUUCCCCGUCACCAACAGCCGCGCACGCAAGAGGAUCCUGGAGCCCGAUGACUUCCUGGACGAUCUGGAUGAUGAGGACUACGAGGAGGACACCCCCAAACGCCGGGGCAAGGGCAAAGCCAAGGGCAAAGGCGUGGGCAGCGCCCGCAAGAAGCUGGACGCUUCCAUCCUGGAGGACCGGGAUAAGCCCUACGCCUGUGACAAUAGUUUCAAACAAAAGCAAACCUCGAAAGCACCCCCGAGAGUCUGCGGGAAGCGCUACAAGAACCGUCCUGGGCUCAGCUACCACUAUGCCCACUCCCAUUUGGCGGAGGAGGAGGGCGAGGACAAGGAGGACUCGCAGCCGCCCACCCCCGUCUCCCAGCGGUCUGAGGAGCAGAAGUCCAAGAAGGGUCCCGACGGACUGGCCCUGCCCAACAACUACUGCGACUUCUGCCUGGGGGACUCCAAGAUCAACAAGAAGACGGGGCAGCCCGAGGAGCUGGUGUCCUGCUCUGACUGCGGCCGCUCGGGACACCCCUCCUGCCUGCAGUUCACCCCGGUGAUGAUGGCGGCCGUGAAGACCUACCGCUGGCAGUGUAUCGAGUGCAAGUGCUGCAACAUCUGUGGCACCUCCGAGAACGACGACCAGCUGCUCUUCUGUGACGAUUGUGAUCGUGGCUAUCACAUGUAUUGCCUCACCCCGCCCAUGUCCGAGCCGCCCGAGGGGAGCUGGAGCUGCCACCUGUGUCUGGACUUGCUGAAGGAGAAGGCCUCCAUCUACCAGAACCAGAACUCCUCCUGAUGGGCCCGCAGCCCCCACACAAACAGGCUCUGUCUCCCCCCACCCCCUCCUCCUCUUCCUCCUCUCCUUCCCACCCCCAACCCUCUCCUCACCCCCUAACCGCCCCUUUCCCAGGCCCCAGGGAGCCUCGGGAGGGGAGCGGCCCCUCCCCGGGUCGGAGGGCGGGCGGAGUCCGUGCCCGUCCCCUGGGGGAGGGAGCCAAGCCCCCCUCCGCUCCUCCCCGCUUCCUCCAAAGUGCAUUCACUCUGCCUGCCUUGGGUCCAGCCCGGCUCCCCCGUGUCCCUGCCGGGCCCCGGGGAGGGGUUGCCGGCUGUCACCCAGCGCUGCCCACUGGGACGCCCAGAACGGCCUCCGGAGCCGGGGAACCUCCGCGUUCCCAGCCCCCACUGCCCGUUGUGGGAAUGGCCCCGGGCCCCUGGGGUCCCCCCGGCCCCCACUCCACCCCGCACCUCACCCUCCCCGUCCGGACCCGGUACCCAAGCGGCCGGGGGCAGCCGUCGUCCCGUCCCCCCCCCGGCCCCGCCCACUGUGCCCAGCACGAGGGAGCGCGGCGCCCGCCGCUGCCCGUCCCCUCCCGCCUGGUUCCCCCGGCCAAGUCCCCGCUCUCUGCCCCCCCAGCCCGUCCUCCUCCCUUCCCCCCCUCUCUGGCAGGGGGUGGGGGGCGGUCCCGGCUGGAGCCGCAGCCCCGGGGUGACCUGGGAUAAUGUGCCUGUUUUAUAACUACUUCGAGCCUACCUCCAGAAUCCAGAAUCCCCUCACCCGGCCCCGGGGGUGGCCCCGGCCCCCGGCCCCCUCUCCCCCCGCGCACGCUCGCUAGCAGCUGGUAAGGCCUCGACGCCCCGGCCCCCUCCGCCCGGCCCCUGGCGGCGCCCCUCCCGUCUCACCCCCGCCCCGGGAUGUGCCGCUUCUCACCGUCGCUUUGGAGUCGAGGUUUUGUGUUUUGUUUUUUUUUCGUUUUUUUGUUGUUUCCUGUAUCCCAGACAUUAGUACAAUAAACAUUUUUACACAGAGGC